AUGUCUACAUUACUCUUCGGAGAUAAUGAAGAGUUUGAAAGUUUUUUGGCUGAAGAACUCCAGAAUUUUGUGGCGGGGAAGACAGAGAAUGCCCAUGAGUCAUCAUCCUCUACUUCGCUCUUCCCGUUCCUGUUUUUGAUGGGCGACGGGGAUGAGGCUUUGAGCAUAGUAGAAUUAGCAAGCGGUGAAGAUGCUCCUAAGGAACAGGCUCGAGGUGCAAGUAAAGAAUACGUUGAAAAGAUGGAGAAGGUGAUGAUGGAAGGAUCGGGAUUAGUGUGUUCAGUUUGCUUGAAUGAAUUGUCGAUAGGGUCGGAAGCUAGGCAGUUGCCAUGCUGGCAUGUCUACCAUGCAAACUGCAACGUAGUGGCUGUGUAA